CCGGAACUGAGGGCGUCGCGCGAAGGCUGAAGGGAGUGUGGCGGCCGCUUUUGGGGAGUGCUGCGCGGCGGGCGGCUCGGGGAUCUCGGGCAGCUGACAUGCCUCGGUAUGCACAGCUGGUCAUGGGCCCCGCCGGCAGCGGGAAGCCCUGUGACAUUACAGAGUACUUACUGCGCCACCAUGGUCCAGCACUGUGAAGCCCUCAAUCGGUCUGUCCAGGUCGUGAACCUUGAUCCUGCAGCAGAACACUUCAACUACUCCGUAAUGGCUGACAUCCGGGAACUGAUCGAGGUGGAUGACGUGAUGGAGGAUGAUUCUCUGCGGUUCGGUCCCAAUGGAGGAUUGGUGUUUUGCAUGGAGUACUUCGCCAAUAAUUUUGACUGGCUAGAGAGCUGUCUUGGCCAUGUAGAGGAUGACUACAUCCUUUUUGACUGUCCAGGUCAGAUCGAGUUGUAUACGCAUCUGCCUGUGAUGAAACAACUGGUCCAGCAGCUAGAACAGUGGGAGUUCCGAGUCUGUGGAGUUUUUCUCGUCGAUUCACAGUUUAUGGUGGAGUCUUUUAAGUUUAUUUCUGGCAUCUUGGCGGCCCUGAGCGCUAUGAUCUCUCUAGAAAUUCCACAAGUUAACAUCAUGACGAAAAUGGACCUGCUGAGUAAGAAAGCUAAGAAGGAAAUUGAGAAGUUUCUAGAUCCAGACAUGUAUUCUUUAUUAGAUGAUUCCACAAGUGACUUAAGAAGCAAAAAAUUCAAAAAAUUGACUAAAGCUGUAUGUGGACUGAUUGACGACUACAGCAUGGUUCGAUUUUUGCCUUACGAUCAGUCAGAUGAAGAAAGCAUGAACAUUGUAUUACAGCAUAUUGAUUUUGCCAUUCAGUAUGGAGAAGACUUGGAAUUUAAAGAACCAAAGGAACAUGAAGAUGAGUCGUCUUCUAUGUUUGAUGAAUACUUUCAAGAACAUCAGAAUGAAUAAAGAGUUUAUUAACAUGUAAAUGUAUAUAUGCAAAGAGUUGGUGGCUGAACCAGCAAAAUAUUUUUCUCAAAGAAUACAAUACUAAAAAGCUGCUUAUUUUAAUGAAAAAAAUAAUACUUGGCUCUUUAUCAACAGCACACCUGAAUCAAGUUCUUGGUUAUUCUGAAACUGCUGCUGUUUAAAGUGGAAUCUUUUAGUGUUAUAUUUUUACUAAGCAUCAUUUUAGAUUUUAAAAGUUGAAAUUAAUUCACAUAGAUUUGUAUAUAAUGUAAAUUAGCACCUGUGAUACAGUUAGGACGAGUCUACCUUUAUUUUUUCUGUUUGGUUUUUGUUAUUUUUGAAGGUUUUUUUUUGGAGGAGCAGGAAUUAUUGUAACAAAAUAUGUAUAUCAAAGGUGAAAAUCUGUAGGAUAUAAGUAAAACCAUUGUUUAUAUGUAUUCCAAAUUUCUACAUUGAAAAUGUAUUAUCUGUAUAAUUAAAAAAUGAAAAGUGACUCAUUUUUAAAGAUACGUAUGUAUAUAAAUAAAAGAAAUAGCAUUAACCUUUCAUUACGCUCUUGUUCUUCAUUCAUAAUUUGAAAUAACUCAGCCAGGGAAAGUUUUUGAAUUUGUAAAAUUUCCCAAGUAGGAGAUGCCAGACACGGAAUAAAAUGGGACCUUGACAAAACCUUA